AAAACAACACAAACCCAUCAACAACUAUCACCACCAUAAAUUGAUCCAUUUAAACCUCAAUUGGACAUCCAUCACACUGCUAUUGAGAGAGACGCACAACACUGAACAACAACAAUUGAAUAAGAAUUGACGUAAAUCUCUCUUCAGCAUUAUCAACAUUGGAAAAAAACGAAACUCUUAAUCAUUAUUAAUGGGACAACGGUUAUCAAUUAAUACGACAGGUAGCUUUUCGAUAUCGAGUAUUGGAAAUUUAAUACCAGACUCGGAGGUUAGUCAGAGUGAUAAUCGUGAGGAGGAUCAACGACCACCACGAAUCAUCUCUGAGGAAGAACGACAAAACACAGUAAGGCUCAAAUUACUGAAAGCUAAUAUUGUAGCAGCUGCUGCAACGACUCGGUCUGGAACAGCAUGUUCAGCCUCUCCUCAGAGUUUUAGAAGGAGAGCUGCUAGUGAUUAUGGAAUUCAUGGAAAACAAUCAUCACAUUCAACGGAUGACAUGACAAUAUCAGGAUAUAAGGAUGAACAAACUGCUCUCUUGUUGGAAAAGAUGAAACACAUUCCUCCAAUUCAGGAAUUUGUGGAGCAAAUGAGUAAUGAAGAAAAACUAUUGAAAUCAUAUUUGGACUAUAGUUGGGUUUCAACAGUCGCCAUUAUUGAGAGGUCUGUAUCAGAGAGUAUGAGAUUUCUUGCUAAGGGUAUUGGUGACUUUUUUAAUGUUGCCAUCAAUGAGAUGCAUUUAAAAACUCGAGAUUCGAAUAGUGAUGAAGACGGAGAUGUAAUGAACUCUAUGGAAUUGAAUCCAUACGUUGAAGUUAAGCUUCUCAUAGUUCCUUAUAUACAUCUGAAUGAAGGAUCCAGUUUCAGCACAGUCAGUUUUCCAGUUCUGGAUCAUUUUCCUGUAGACACAGAGGAAGAUGCCCAGACUGGCAAGAAACUUGACCCUCAAAGAUUUACAUUCUCAAGACCUUCUCGUUUCACUCUCGCUCUUGUAGUAGGUCCUUGGUUGCUCUUCUUUGAUCCUUUAACGAAUUUGAUCAUUCCAAAGAAGCUGUACGGUAUGGCAAAGAUAAUGGCAUCAGGUCUCCCAGAACUUUUCAUCACAAAGCAACGAAACAAACUUACAGAGAAACUUGCCUCAUGCAUUGUUUCUUGGAACACAUCUAAAUUGUACAGGACCGAUGAAGAUAUUUUCUCUCGGCACUCACACCCUAACGUUUACGGAAAUGGUAUUGAUUUUAUUGAAGAUUUUAUUCGAAAUCAAUUGAAUAUUGAUUACACAACAUUUCCAACUGUAAAAUAUUUUACCACAUUCCUUGAUAAUAUUAAACAUCAAGGAUGGUCACCCUUAGUAGUUGAUUUGAAUAGUGAACUGAUGGAGAAGUAUGGCAGUUUCAUUGAAGCUAAGGAUGAAGUAACAGAAAGAGGUAAACGAACACUAUUUGAAUUCACUUCACAUGAACAACUCGAUAAUAUGGUGAAAGAAAUGAUGCUCAGUGACUUGAUGAAUCACAAUCCAAUGACAGCCACUGACAUUUUUAAGGAAACUAAAGAGGUUUCACACUUUUUUGUUGACGUUUUAAAGUUAAUGGAUAGAGCUUGGUGGAUGAGUCAUCUAUUUGAUAUCAAUGAAGAAAACCCAGAGCUGUCAGAACCAUGUAAAGGACAUCACCAUUCAGCAAUAGCCACUAAGAUUACAGAUAGCUCCCCUAAGCAUGUGAAACAAACCAGAGACACUAUUGGUCUUCUUGGAUGUCCAUUUGCUCAUCCAAUUCCUGACUAUGAGAAACUUUUAGAGUGUUACCCGAGACGAAAGAAGAAACGCAUGACUUGCUCCUCUCCAACAAAAUCCCCUUCAAGAUCUCCUCGCUCAGUAUCACCACGUUCUCCUAGAUCCCCUCAAACACCUCAAUCUCCAUAUCCUUCCUCCUAUGCAUCACCCUCAUCACUACAAGUGCCCAAAAACGAUAAGAGACGACAUAAUUCUGCCACACUAAGGUAGAAUUAAUUUCACACACAAGAUUGAAUUCAUGGUAUUUCAAUAAAAUAAAUUAUUGUUGUGGUUU